UGCUUCCGUAAUGAUGUCAUCGCAUUGGUCAUAACUCUCCUUGCUUCUCUGCUACGACAAUACAGAUACUACGACAGUGUACUUGAGAUAUAAUGGAUAAGUAUCUGAAAGCAAAAAUCGAGGAACAUCUCGGUCUGGGAAGCUCUGGCCAACGCGCUUUGGCCCUUACCACCCCACUGGUACUUCCUCUUUCCCAACCGCCAACUUCACAGCAGAUCUAUCGAUUCCGAAAGCAGCGUGGGGUCAAUCUCGGCUCAUGGUUCACGUUGGAGGACUGGCUUACCCCCAGUCUCUUCCAACAAGCAGCCGGCCGCAAGUCCAGCGAGAUGGACAUCUUGCAAGGCAUGUCUCAAGAUGCGGCCAAAAACAUGCUUGAGCACCACUGGGGGCACUUCGUUGACGACGGGGACUGGAAAUGGAUGGCAUCUCACGGCAUCAACACCGUCCGGUUACCCAUCGGGUACUUCCAUUUCCUCGGGGGCCAUCCAAAUCCGGAAGUGCGUGAUUUGAUGAAGGGCACGGAAUACGCACCGUACGCCGAUGUCUACGUAAAUACGUGGAGAUACAUCGUACGCGCCAUUGAGACUGCACGAGCACAUAAGAUCGGGGUCCUUAUUGAUCUCCACGCUGCACCUGGUGCCCAGAACCCGGAUAACCACUCCGGCCUCAGUACCGGUGAUGCCGGACUUUGGCACUCUGAGAAGAAGCAAAGGAAAACCGUACAGAUAUUGGUGGCCUUGGCGCAAGAGAUCGUUCGGUUUGAAAAUGUAGUGGGCCUGGAAGUGCUAAAUGAACCGAAGAAUACGAACCGGCUGCAGAGUUGGUACGAGGAGGCCAUUUCGGCGUUGCAGAGUAUUACACUAGAGGUCAGCGGGAUGCCACUGUAUAUCUCAGACGCUUGGGCCACCGGACACUAUGCACAAUUCAUUGCCAGCCGCUCGAACACGGGGACGUUCUUGGUUCUCGACCAUCAUCUUUACCGAUGCUUCACCUCAGACGAUCAAGUGUUAUCAGCUUCACAGCAUGCUGCCAAUGUCCAUCCUGCGAAUCCGCAGGCGCCAUCUACGUCUAUGUUGUCUGGUGCUUCGGAUACCUCAAACGGUUCAAUUAUCAUCGGUGAAUGGAGUGCUGCCUUGAAUCCCGCAUCUUUCUCUUUCUAUAAAGAUGAAGGUGCGAAGUUUGCCGCACAACGGGAAUGGGGUUAUGCUCAGUGGGAAGCGUAUGAGCAUUUCUGUGCCGGAUAUUUCUUCUGGACUCUCAAAAAGGAGGGAGGGUCUGAUCCUGGAUGGUGUUACUAUACUGCUGUCGAGAAAGGCAUUCUGCCUUCUUCUCUCGACCGAGCGAAAGACAGUUUCCCCCGUCAUUCACUCGAACAUCUGCGAAGCGCCGGUUCUGGUGAACUCCAGACUGCCGCGCAAGGGCAUGUUAGUUGGUGGAAAAAUAAUUCUCAAAAUCCCGGGGCGUUUGAGCACUGGCGUUUCGAGCAGGGUUACUAUCAAGGAUGGGAGGAUUGCUUGGCAUUUUACUGGGGUUCGACUACAGGCGAGCUAGUUGGAUCGGAGAUUGGGUUCAAAGGACAGUGGAGGAAAAUGAGAACUGAAGCUCACCGACGUGAGAAAGGGGAUAGCAAGAUGGUUUGGGAGUUUGAGCAUGGCUUUGAUCAAGCUUUGAAAAGAUUCAGCGAAGUCAUCGAGAGUUAAGUGCGAAAGUAAACGGUAUGCAUCACAUGUAAUAUCGGGAAACAGAAACACGGUUGAUAUGUGCGAACAGCGAAUAUCAGAAUCUGAUUUGA